ACACGUGUUUGGCUUCCGAGAAAGUGAAGGUGGGAAAAGAUUUCCUCGAGAAAAACCCAAAAAACAGAAACCCUAAAAAUAAUGAGAAUAAAACGAAUGAAUUAGGCAAUGAAGGUUACUCCGGUUGUGGUCCUGCCUGCUCGUCUCGACGCCGCUGGCCGCGCUGCUACGGGCGGCAUCCGUUAUUAUGCGGUCUAGGACGGUAUUGGACGCCACCGCGUGAAAGAAUUCAUUUUUAGGGGUUUUCUAGGGUUUAAGGAAUUUGGAAACCCAUUCAAUACAAUCAACCACCCCAACAACGUCUCUACUUUUCUCCUAAUCGAUCCUUGUCGUAAACAUCCGCAAAAUAGCGCUCCGAUGGCCCGCUCAAACGGCGUUAGACUUGUUCUCCUUGCUCGACGCUCACUCUCUCUCAAUCCCCUCUGUGCUUCCCCAAUUGCCGUAUAUGAGUCGUUUUUGGAAAGGGGCUAUAGGACAUACAGCUCGGCGUUCUACAAUCAACCUAGGGUUCCUGCUAGUUUUAAUUCUGUAAAUGUUAACAAUAGAAGAUGGUUGCCGCUUGGAGUAUUCAAAUCCGUUUUGGGGGCAGGCACUUCAAGAUCGAUUCAUGGCACCGCAUUUAAGGCUGCAAGAGAUUAUUAUGACACACUUGGUGUGAGUAAGAACGCUACUGCAUCUGAAAUUAAGAAAGCUUAUUAUGGGCUUGCAAAGCAAUUGCAUCCAGAUACAAAUAAAAAUGAUCCUGAAGCUGAAAAGAAAUUUCAAGAAGUCCAAAAGGCAUAUGAGGUUUUGAAAGACGAUGAAAAACGUGCACAGUAUGACCAGCUUGGCCAUGAAGCUUAUGAAAGCGGGGAUUCUAGUGGAAUGGAUGGUCGCCAAUGGAGCCCUGGUUUCAAUCCAUUUGACAUCUUCAAUGGGGAUAAUAUCUUCAAUUCAUUCUUUGAUAGGGGCUUGGGUGGAAAAGAUAUCAAGGUUUCUGUUGAGCUAUCCUUUAUGGAAGCAGUCCAGGGAUGCACCAAAACGCUGACAUUCCAAACUGAAUUGCCUUGUGAAGCUUGUGGUGGGGCAGGGGUUCCUCCUGGAACCAGACCAGAAACUUGCCGGACCUGUAAAGGCUCAGGCGCGAUAAGCAAGGUUACUGGCCCAUUAAGGUACCAGGUUACGUGUCCUUAUUGUCGUGGAACUGGGAAAAUUGUUAAGAACUUCUGCAAGGCUUGCAAUGGGGAGAAAAUAGUGAGAGGACCAAAGACAGUCAAGCUGGAUAUCAUGGCAGGGGUUGAUGACAAUGAAACUUUAAAGGUGCAUAGGAGUGGUGGAGCAGAUCCUGACGGAAAUCAACCUGGUGAUCUUUAUGUUACUAUCAAGGUCCGGGAAGACCCUGUUUUCAGACGAGAAGGGGCGGACAUUCAUGUUGAUGCUGUGCUGAGUAUCGCUCAGGCAAUUUUAGGAGGAACAAUCCAGGUCCCAACUCUAACGGGAGAUGUUGUUCUUAAGGUCCGCUCAGGCACCCAACCUGGCCAGAAGGUGGUUUUGAAGAGAAAAGGGAUUAAAACAAGGAACUCUUACUCUUUCGGGGAUCAAUAUGUGCACUUCAACGUCAGUAUUCCAGUAAAUUUGAGCCCGAGACAGCGUGAACUAAUUGAAGAGUUUGCAAAAGAAGAGCAAGGGGAAUACGACAAGGCAGCUGCUGCUGGAGGAUCUGGUUAAAGUUUGACGUUCCAAUCACCUCUCCUGUAGGUGGAAGAAGGAUAACUCAUUUUUAGGGAUAUACCAUUAUUCCUUGUGCUAGGCAAUUUUGUAUGACUAGGUUUAGCUUUACCUGUUAUUAUUAUUUUUCCCUGUUAAUAUCUGUAAAAAUUUCUUCGUGAUGGAAUAUACAAUAAUCUAUGGGACCAGGACCAGAUCAUCGGAUAUUUUAUUGGGGGAAUCGCGUUUCAGUGACUAAUGGGGCAAGUAACGCCGGAUUUAUGUUUUAA